GGCAACAAGGAGGAACUUUGCUGAGAUUACAGACAGAGUGGAACCUCAUUCCUGACACAGGCAUCAUGAAGAUCACAGUGCUGCUCCUGGCUCUCUCCCUCCUUCACGUCUCCACUCCUGUCCCGGUCAGCCGACCGACCAACUGGCUCAGACAAUGCCGUGCCUCCACCAACCUCUCCAUCACGGCACUGGAGGUGCUGCCCGGUGGAGGCUGGGACAACCUCCGGAACAUGGACAUGGGUCGGGUCAUGAACCUCAGCUACUUCCAGUGCCAGACCACCGAGGACGGGGUCUACCUCAUCCCAGACGAGGUGUUUGUGAUUCCCCACAAGGAGACGGGUGUGGAGACCAGCUCUGAGUUAAUCAGCUCCUGGCUGGAGCAGAAAAGCUCCACAUCUCAGAGCAUCAAUGCAGACAUAUCUUUCUUCUCUGUGCUGAACGGCAAAUUUUCAAUUGAGAGCCAGAGGAUGAAAACCCAUCAGGUCCGAGACUCUGCGACUACAGCCAGAGUCCAGGUUCGCAACUUCAUCUACACCGUUAAGGCUUUUCCAGACUUCACCCUGGACACACGCUUUGCCCAACAAGCCAAAGAGAUUGCAGACGCGAUUGAAAACAACCAGACAAGAAAUGCAGACUAUCUCUCAGAGAGAAUGGUGUUGGACUACGGGACUCAUGUUAUCACUAGUGUUGACGCCGGGGCCUCAUUGAUAGAGGAAGACUAUCUCACUUCUUCUUAUGUGUCCGACAGCGUAUCACAAAGUGUGUCUGUCAAAACAAUGGCUGGCUUGAACUUUUUCGACAAAGUCAAGUUUGACAUAAGCAGUCAGAACACCCAACAGAGCUCAGUACUUCAAACCUAUCAGUCCAACAUUCAGUACUCGCUCACCCAAAGCCACGGAGGCACACCCUUCUAUCCUGGCAUCACUCUGAAGACGUGGCAGGAAAGCACCAGGAACAACCUUGUGGCAAUUGAUCGCGCUGGAUUUCCCCUCCAAUACUUUAUCAGUGCCAAGACCUUCCCCGAUCUGCCACAGCCCACAGUUGGAAAGGUGGCUCUUAAAGUGAGUCAAGCCGUAGAGCUAUACUACAAGGUCAACACCCGGCCUGGCUGCGUCGACGUCAGCUCCCAGAACUUUAACUUCCAGGCCAACGUCGACGAUGAUUCUUGCAACGGCCCUGCGACAAACCUCAGUUUUGGAGGCGUCUAUCAAGUCUGUACUCAGCUGAGCUCAGACGCGGGUCCCCUGUGUGACGCUUUGGCUCAGAAAAACCCCGAAACGGGUGACUUCUCAUGUCGUUCACCGUACGUGGCGACUUUAUUGAGAUCAGAGGUGAGACAGCAGGGCUACAACGCGCACCAGUGCUACAAGCAUAAGUAUUCCUGUGGAUUUCUGUGGCUGUCCACUUGUUAUAGAUUAGUGUGUCAGGACAACUACUACGUUCGCUCAGCUCGCAUCGACACCUACUGGUGCUCUGUGAGCGGAAAGGCCCCGGACAACUCGGGUUAUCUGUUUGGAGGCAUCUACAGCCCGUCUCUGCUGAACCCCAUCACCAAAGCCAAGAGUUGCCCCGCGAACUUCAUCCCGCAGAAGUUUCUCUCCGACGGCCAAGUGAUCUGCGUGAGCAACGACUACGAGGGCGGAACCAAAAAUGCAGUGCCAUUUGGAGGCCUCUUCAGCUGUCAGUCAAGCAACCCGCUGGCAGGAGGCCAACGCCGCUGCCCUCCCAAGUUCAGUCAGCACCUCGCUUCAGUGAGUGACGGCUGUGAAAUCCUUUACUGUGUCCAGUCAGGAUUGUUCACAGGUGGGCAGCUGCUGCCGGUCCAUCUGCCUCCCUUCACCAAACCGCCCGUCAUCAACAUGCAAUCCACCAACACUGUACUGGUGAUGACGGAGGGAGAAAAGAGCUGGGUCAGAGUGGGACAGACCAAGAUGUGGAAACUGGCCAAACCAGAGGAAAUACAGGACAUUGUGCGCAAGCUCAACCCAGAAUUGAACGAGCUGUCCCCCGGAGGAAAGGCAGGAGUGGCCUUUGGGGUGAUGGGUUUGAUGGCGCUGCUGGUCAUCGGGGCAGUGCUCCUGAUGAGGAGGAGGAGGGGGCAGCAGCUGUGGUCUGGGUUAGGGGCAGCUCAAGGCUACGAGGCAAUACGUGGAGAGGAUGAGUGCGAUGGCAGAGAGACGGAGACACAGCAAAAUGUGGCUUGAAGGGAAAAAAAAGUUAAAAAAAAGAAAAUCACAGCUUAAGUUGAUUCUUCUUCUUUUGGCUUCUCCCAUUAGUUAAUCUGCCUCCAUUACAUCGUAUCUCUCACUUCCUCCACAGUGUUAGUCGAUCAUCAACUCAGACACUGAAAGAGAUCAUAUUUGAAUCUGCUGCAUUAAGUAUUAUCAUUUUCUUAUUUCUAUCUAUUUUAUGCAAACAAUUAUGAAUUCACUCAUUUGCAUGUGUGUACAUUAACUGGUGGUUAUUUUUGCUCAGCGGUAUGAUGUGUUCUUCAAAUCUGGACAAUAUUUUUACUGUGUUAACAAAGAUCUAAAACCUUGUGAUUGAAGAGCAGUCACAAAAAAACAGCAGGAAGUAGAAGCGGUUUACUACGAUUACAGUGAAGCAAUGCUGCCCCCACAAGGCCAAGAUGAACACAGUCAAUACAAAUGAUCAAGGGCCUGAAUAUUUUUGUAUGAUGUUUAAAUGUACAAUGCAUAAAGCUUUUUCUAUUAAAACAUUUUUGUAAGAGACAUUUUUCAUUUAACAAGUUUUUUACAAUAUUUUUGUAUCAUGCGACUAACUCUUCUGCCUUGCACGACAACUGGUAUAGAUUAAACAGUUUGAAAUCGC